GAGUAAGUUUCACAUCUAGAAUUUAUCUAUCCUAAUACCAAUCACCCCUCCUUGAAAAGAACGAGGGCUUGGAGACAAAACACACUCGACUUUGCAGAGCUACAUAGCCAGUCACAAAUGGCGGACAAAGCUCCCUCUUCGUCUUCUUUCGCUGCUUGGGAACGCCCACCCGAAGAAGGCUUCGGCGAGGAUGAGUUGCUGUAUGGAGCCGAGUCGGGGUGGGUUGAAGCUCGGACGUGGUGUGAUCACUUGGCCUCUCUGUCCUCUGAUCUCCUUCACAUUCCGACCCCCGACACACCCUGCAACAGGUGUCAUCACCCGAGUGAGAACUGGUUAUGUCUGUGUUGCAAGGACGUGCUCUGCAGCCGAUUCGUGAACAAGCAUAUGCUCCAGCAUUAUCAGCAAACAAGCGACUGCCUCGCGCUCAGCUUCAGUGAUCUGUCGGUGUGGUGUUUCUCCUGCGAUUCGUAUAUAGACGCACAAGUGCUUCCGCAGCUGCGGCCUGUUUAUGAAACCGCGUAUAUCUUGAAAUUUGGAGAGCCCCCGCCAAUUCGGAAUGUUGAACUCCAGAAUGUUGCAGCUUCCUCAGCAGGCAAUUGAUUUUGACCAAGUAUUGCAUUCAGCUUUGCCCAUUAAGGGGGCUUGAGACAAAUGUAAGAAUCCAAGAUAGGUGAUUUGCCAUCAUGUUAGGGAAAGAAGACAUUUCUCCGAUAGUUUUUGCGUUUGACCAUUCUAGAGCUUGCGAAUGCAGUUUCUUGUAUCUUGGAUCAAGAUUCACUUGUUCCAGUGAAGAAUCCAUAAUUCCUUAUGUAGAA